CUCUCCCCAGGCCUGUGGGUCUCCAUUGACCAGCUCCUGCCCACACUCCUGCCAGCUGCCCUGACCAGAGCCAUCAUGCCACUUGAACAGAGGAAUCAGCACUGCAAGCCUGAGGAAGGCCUUGAGGCUGAAAAAGAAGCCCUGGGCCUGGUGGGUGCGCAGGCUCCUGCUACUGAGGAGCAGGAGGCUGCUGCCUCCUCCUCCACUCUAGUGGAAGUCACCCUGGGGGAGGUGCCUGCUCGGGUCGCCGGGUCACCGGGUCCUCCCCAGGGUCCUCAGGGAGCCUCCACCUUCCUCACUACUGUCAACUACACUCUCUGGAGCCAAUCUGAUGGGUGCUCCAGCAACCAAGUAGAGGAGGGGCCAAGCACCUCUCCUGACCUGGAGUCAAUGUUCCUAGCAGCACUCACUAGGAAGGUGGCUGAGUUGGUUAAUUUUCUGCUCCUCAAGUAUCAAGCCAGCGAGCUGGUCGCAAAGGCAGAAAUGCUAGAGUGUGUCAUUCCAGAUUGCAUGUACUUCUUCCCUGUGAUCUUCCGCAAAGCGUCUGAUUCCUUGCAGCUGAUCUUUGGCAUCGAUGUGAUGGAAGUCGACCCCACCUGCCACUUAUACAUCCUUGUCACCUGCCUGGGCCUCUCCUAUGAUGGCCUGCUGAGCGAUGAUCAGAUCAUGCCCAAGACAGGCCUCCUGAUACUUGUCCUGGGCAUGAUCGCAACAGAGGGUGAUUGCGCUCCUGAGGAGAAAAUCUGGGAGGAGCCGAGUGCGAUGGAGGUGUUUGAUGGGAGAGAGCACAGUGUCUUUGCAGAGCCCAGGAAGCUGCUCACCCAAGAUUUGAUGCAGGAAAACUACCUGGAGUACCGGCAGGUGCCUGGCAGUGAUCCUGCAUGCUACGAGUUCCUGUGGGGCCCAAGGGCCCGCCUUGAAACCAGCUACAUGAAAGUCCUGCAGCAUAUGCUAAGUAUCAGUGGAGGACGUCACAUUUCCUACUCAUCCCUGCAUGAAUUGGCUUUGAGAGAGGGGGAAGAGUGAGUCUGAGCACGAGUUGCAGCCAGGGUCAGUGGGAGGGGGGCUGGGCCAGUACACCUUCCAGGGCCCCGUCCAGUAGCUUCCCCUGCCUUGUGUGGCAUGAGGCCCAUUCUUCACUCUUUGAAGAGUGAAGUCAGUGUUCUUAAUAGUGGGUUUCUGUUCUUGGAGAUUUAUUUUUGUUUCCUAUUGGAAUUGUUCAAAUGUUCCUUUUAGUGGAUGGUUGAAUGAACUUCAGCAUCCAAGUUUUUGAAUGACAGUAGUCACACAUAGUGCUGUUUGUAUAGUUUAGAAGAGUCUUGUUCUUUAUUCGGAUUGGGAAAUCCAUUCAGUUUUGUGAAUUGUGACAUAAUAACAGCAGUGGAAUAAGUAUUUACUUAGAACUGUGAACGAAUUAACAGUAAAAUAAGUGAGAUAAAGAACUAAAGAAAUUAAAAGAUAGAUAAUUUUUGCCUUAUACUUCAGUCUAUUCUGUAAAAUUAAAAAGAAAAUAUGCAUACCUGGAUUUACUUGGCUUCUUUGAGAAUGUAAGAGAAAUGAAACCUGAAUAAAGAAUUCUUCCUGUUCA